AUGACGUCGGCAGGGAGGGUGAGGUCUAUUGCAGAGCUGGUUUCGAAGUCUCCUCAGGGCAUUCCUGAGGUGUCUGCUCCUUUUAGGAAGCCGAAAAUGUUAGACGGAGAAGUUUAUGUUCAGUUUUCGAAGGAGGAAGUGGAAAAAUCUGCUGAGCCGUUUAGGUUUGCUAUUGUUUUGAAGUGUAUUAGACAAAGACCAUCACUGGAUAGAAUUCGUGUGUUUAUUCAUGAGCGGUGGGGCUUGUCUGUCCAGCCAAUGGUGUCUGCAAUGAGAAGGCCUCGGAAUGUUUUUGUUCGGUUCUCUAUUGAGGAGGACUUUCUUAAACCUUUCUCUAGAGAGAGCUGUGACGUGGAUGGUGUUACUUAUCGUUUAUUCCAAUGGACGACAGAGUUUACUGAGGAAUCGGAACCGGCUUUAGUCCCGGUAUGGUUAAUGCUUCCUGGUCUGCCACCAAACUAUUAUCAUGAAGCAUUUCUUAAGAGCAUAACGGCGCCGAUUGGAAUGUAUUUGAGAAGAGAUAACAUUGGAAUGUAUUUGAGAAGAGAUAACGCAACAAGAUGUGCUACGAGGACUGAUGGUGCAAGGGUCUGCGUAUUGAUGAAUAUUGCUCAGGAGCCGAUUAAGUCCUUUUGGAUUGGAACGCCUAAGAAUCCGAAGAGCAUUUUCCAGGAGGUUCUAUACGAGACCUUGCCUGCUUUUUGUUUGCACUGUAAAGUGCAAGGGCAUAAUCUAAUUACUUGCAGAGCAUCACAACCGGAGGGGAAGGAUAAGAGAAAGAAAACGGGGGUUAAGUCAGCCUGUGUUUGGGCUGCAAAAUCAUCUAACCCUCCAACAGACAAUGAGUUGGCCGGUGAUGGCAAAUUGGAUGGAAAGCCAGACACACCAGUGCACUCGUCCGAUGACCUAAAUGAGCUGGAGACCGUCGUUGAUCAGGGGGAGGAGGUGAUGGUGUCAGGAUAUGAAACAAAGGCUGACGACGCGUUAGCAGUGCAAGCAGUGCACGUAGUGCACGGUGAGAACAAUGCAAGGGUUUUGAGUACGUCCGCGGAUAGAAUUUUGUUGCAUGGGGAGAAUAGUGGGGCCCAGAAUAAAGGAAUUUUGGAGGUAUCCGAGGUUGUUUGUGCACAAGUAGAGAACGUUGGUACAUUUUUGGCGUCGCCUUUAGGGGCUAGCGUGGGGUGUGGUACGGAGGUUGUGGAUUUAUUUGAACAGCCUAUUACUGAAGAAGGAGAGUUGGUGGAGGAUGGUCUGCAGGCAGUAGCCUGUGUAAGGGGCAAGGAAAAUGUUUCUGUGUCGGAUGAUGAGGGGGCGCUUCCGCACCUAGGGAAGGAGAAGGAUGAUCAUUCGGACUCAGAGAUUACAGUCAAGGAAGGACACAGAGGAAGGACAAGACGAAGCAAAUUAUGGGUUUUCUGGGAUGCAGAGAUACAGGUGGAUGUGCUGGGAGUAUCCAAUCAACAGAUCUCCUUGUUAUUAAAUUCUUCUGUGGUAGUGUCGUUUGUUUAUGCGAAGUGUAGAUACUUGGAGAGACGGAAUCUUUGGGCCGAGCUUCUUCAGUUCUGUUCUUUGAGUUUGCCAUGGAUCGUUAUCGGGGAUUUUAAUGUGAUUCGUGAAGAUGGCGAGAGGCGAGGAGGUUGCCCAAGGUUGCCGUGUGCAAUGGAGGAAUUUUGCAACUUCAUUGAUGCGGGGGGUCUGAUGGAGAUUCCUUCAAGUGGAAAUAAGCUCUCAUGGUGCAAUGGACAGAGCGGGAUGGCGCGUAGUUGGGCUAGAUUGGACAGAGCACUCUGUAACGUACGCUGUCUGGAGCUAUUUCCAUCGGUUUCUCUUAAGUACUUGGCUCGUCAUUCAUCUGAUCACACUCCAAUGCUUCUUGGUCUGGCGGAUCCUGUUUUGCGAUAUGGCCCGAGCUCUUUCAAGUUCCAACAGAUGUGGACCUUGCAUGAAGAUUUUUGGAGGUGUGUGUCCUCUAAUAAGGAGGUAUUUGGAUGGACGGGGGCGCAUAUCAAACGUCUGGAGGCACAAGUUGAGGAAGGGGAAGCAAGUCUUCAGGAAGGAUUUUCUGAGGAUGUUGAAAAUGAUGUCUUGGCAGCUAGACUUGAGCUCUCUGUUCGGCAAAAGAGGGAGGAAAUUCGCAUUGCACAGCAGGUUAAAAAUAACUGGAUGGAUCAUGGUGAGAUUAACUCUUCAUUUUUCAAGGCAAUGCAGGUUAGGAGGGCGAGAACGGUAACGGAAAUGCAGUUGAGUGAUGGACGUGUUUUAUCUUCUCCGGAAGAUAUACAUGAUGCUGCAGUGGUGUACUUUCAGGAAUUACUUCAAAGCCAUCCUAGCAGAGUUCUUCCUGAUUUGUCGACAUUAAUUCAAGCGGACGUGGUGGGUGAGGAGAAUCAUCUCAUGUGUUGCAUCCCUUCUGAGAAGGAGAUCAAGGACGCUUUGUUCUCUAUCCCAACGGCUAGUAGCCCAGGUCCCGACAGUUUUGGAUCUGGCUUCUUUCAGCACUGUUGGUCAUUGGUGAAAGCUGACUUGAUGGAGGCGAUAUGGGAUUUCUUCAGGGGUUCCCCUAUGCCCAGGUUUUAUACUUCCUCCUUUAUUGUACUGAUUCCAAAAGUUUUAAGUCCUACAUCCUUCGAUCAAUUUAGGCCAAUCAGCCUUUGUUCCGUUGUCUACAAAAUCUGCUCAAAAAUUCUGGUAGCUCGAUUGAAUUCAGUUUUGAGUCGUAUUGUCUCAUUGGAGCAAGGUGCAUUCCUUCCCAGACGCAGUAUUUUUGAUAAUAUCAGCCUCACUCAAGAGCUCGCUCAUGAUCUAAACAAGUCAGGUUCGGUUUUUCGGUUGAAGUUUGUAAACCUAUUGUCACAAUGUGUCACUACUCCUUGGUAUUCUGUAAUCAUGAAUGGUACUGCUAAAGGCUUUUUUAAAAGUGGUAGGGGCCUUCGCCAAGGGGAUCCUCUCUCACCUUAUUUAUUCAUUCUUGUGGAGGAGAUUUUUUCUCGACUUUUAAAGCAAAAGUUUGAGGAAGACAAGAUUGGUUUCUAUAGUCAUCCGCGAAGGGGCCCCUUCAUAACACAUCUUCUUUACGCGGAUGAUAUGAUGAUAUUUGCGAAUGGGAGCAAGAAGUCGGUUAAGGAGAUUAAGAACACUCUUAGCCUUUACGCUCAGUGGUCGGGGCAGCGGGUGAACGAGAGAAAGUCAUCAAUUUUUUUCUCUAAAACAAUUUCAGCCACUCGUCGUCAUGAACUGCUGCUGCUUACUGGUUUCUCUGAAGGUAAGUUUCCAGUUAAAUACUUAGGGGUGCCAAUUAUUUCCGGGAGGAUGAAGGGGAUUUAUGUGGAGGAGUUAGUUCAGUGUAUACGCCGGAAAAUAGAGGGAUGGAAGGUCAAGCUUCUGUCCUCUGGUGCUCGGUUAAUUCUUUUAAAACAUGUUAUUGUAAGUAUGCCUGUUCAUCUGUUGGCUGUUCUACAAGUCCCGAAAGCAGUUUUGUUAUCUUUGCAUAAGAUGUUUAGCUCUUUUUUUUGGGGAUCGGUGAAUGGAAAAUCAAAGAGGAAAUGGAUAAAGUGGGACAUCCUUUGCAAGCCGAUUGAUGAGGAGGGAGUAGGAUUGAGGAGUCUAUUUGAUAUACAAAAUGCUCUGCACUUUAAGUUUGCUUGGAAGUUAUUGACUGCUAAUUCUUUGUGGACAAGGUUUUUCUAG